AUGGCCACGGAGGCGGAGCUCGAGACGGUCGACACCGAGGGCCAGAGCGCGCCCGCCGUCACCAGCCAAAAGUCCGUCACCGUGAGCGACCCGGCCGUCGUCGCCCUCUCGGAAGUGAAGCUGAGCUCGCAGAAAACGACGAACAAGUCCUACAAGUCAGACUGCAGCAACAUCACGCGGCCGGAGGGCUACCUCCCGGUCGGCCAGCGGCCCUCGGUUCCGCUGGUGCAGUCGACGAUCGGCAUCACGUCCGAGUGGCUCACUGAG